UUGAUUCUAUUUAUUAUUACGAUAACCAACCUCUGGUUUUUUCCUGGAGGAACCGAUCGACCUCCCGCUGUCUUUUUUUCGCCUUUGCUUGCUAGUCUAAUUCCUUGCUUGUCCUCGUUCCCCCAAAAAAAAAAAAGAAAUCUAUUAAAAUUUUCAUAUUUUUCUCUGUAUAUUGAUCCUCUGUUUUCUUGGUGGGGAUUUUUUUUCGGAGAAACGAAGAAAUUAAGAUCAUCCAAGCUAGACAAAUAGAACAGGUUCAACAUGUUCAUUUCAUUGACAAAACAACGAUUUGUUCAGAUUCUAAUAAUUGUUGGUUUCUUGUACAUAGUAUUGGUCAGUGUCGAGAUCCCGUUCGUGUUCUUAACCGAGUUCGGUAGUUUGUCUCAAGAAUCGUUUACUCGGCUUCCCGGACUAUCCCGCGAGGUUAAUGUUCAAGAAAAAGACUCCCCGAUUCGUCCUCUGAAUUGGGUUUCCAAAAGCUCCCCUCCCCCAGCUCAAUUUCUACAUCAUCGUCGACAACUCAAAUAUCAGGGUCGGUUCAUUUCCAAUUUGUCUUUUGAUGCCAAAACCUUCGACCCGACUACCAAAGACAGGUCUUUGGAGCUCCAUAAGUCUGUCGCUUGGGAACUAGGGAGAAAGCUCUGGGAAGAACUCGAAUCAAGGAAUUUUGUAAUUGACUCUACCGAGAACGUUAACAAUGGAUCCGAACGGUGUCCGCAUUUAGUUUCUUUAUCAGCGUCGGAGUUUUUGGACCAUGGCAACGUCAUGGAGCUGCCUUGCGGGCUUACUUUAGGGUCUUACGUAACGGUAGUGGGGAAACCGAGAGGAACACAUCCGAGGACGAAAUCAAAAGUUGCUUUUUCGCAGUUUAUCAUGGAACUGCAGGGUUUGAGGACGGUGGACGGGGAGGAACCACCGCGAAUUCUUCAUUUUAAUCCCAGGUUGAAAGGGGAUUGGAAUAGGAAGCCGGUGAUUGAGCUAAACACUUGUUUUAGGAUGCAGUGGGGAUCUGCUUUACUUUGUGAAGGGUGGAAAUCUGAGGCUUAUGAUGAGACUGUUGAUGGUGAGGUCAAGUGUGAGAAGUGGAUUCGAGAUGAUAAUAAUUUCUCUGAUGAGUCUAAGCUAACAUGGUGGUUGCAACGAUUAGUAGGCCAAAAAAAAAGUUUGACUGUUAACUGGCCCUUUCCAUUUGCUGAGAACAAACUUUUUGUCCUUACCCUUAGUGCUGGCAUGGAGGGAUAUCAUGUUAAUGUCGAUGGGAGGCAUAUUACUUCCUUUCCUUAUCGAACUGGGUAUACCCUAGAGGAUGCCACUGGACUAACUUUGAAUGGGGACAUUGAUGUCCAUGCUGUUUUUGCAUCAUCUUUGCCUACAUCACAUCCUAGUGAUGCUACUCAAAAGAAUCUUGAGAUGUCUAAUCAAUGGAAGGCUCCACCCCUUCCUGAGCAGCCUGUGGAUCUUUUUAUUGGUAUACUUUCGGCAGGCAAUCAUUUUGCUGAGCGGAUGGCUAUAAGGAAGUCUUGGAUGCAGCACAAUCUUGUUAAAUCUUCAAUUGUGCAUGUUCGUUUCUUUGUGGCAGUGCAUCCAAGAAAGGAGGUGAAUGUGGAAUUGAAAAACGAAGCAGAAUUUUUUGGAGAUAUUGUUAUUGUGCCUUAUAUGGACAAUUACGACCUUGUUGUCUUAAAAACUGUUUCCAUCUGUGAAUAUGGGGCCCCCACAGUGUCUGCCAAGUUUAUAAUGAAAUGUGAUGAUGACACAUUCGUGAGAGUAGAUGCAGUUAUGAAUGAAGCAAAAAAAGUAAACGGGGAUCGGAGCUUCUAUAUUGGUAACAUCAACUAUUACCAUAAACCACUACGCUUUGGUAAAUGGGCAGUAACAUAUGAGGAGUGGCCUGAAGAAAAGUAUCCACCGAAUGCAGAUGGACCAGGAUACAUAUUAUCAUCCGACAUUGCACUCUUCAUUGUUUUUGAGUUUGAAAGACACAAUUUAAGAUUGUUCAAGAUGGAAGAUGUGAGCAUGGGAAUGUGGGUGGAGAGAUUCAACAGAUUAAAACCUGUGGAUUAUGUGCACACCAUUAAGUUCUGCCAGUUUGGAUGCAUAGAAGAUUAUUACACAGCUCACUACCAGUCACCAAGACAGAUGAUAUGCCUGUGGAAGAAGUUUCAAAGGCAGGCUAAGCCUCAAUGUUGCAAUAUGAGAUAGUGUUUAUAAUUUGGUAUAUCCCUGGGAUGUAUAAUACAGAUUUUGCAGUCAAUAGCCUCCAUUUUUGUAUAUUAUCUGGAGGUAUUGGGUAAAUAGAGCUACUAAGCCAGGCAAACAACAAAUUAUGCUAUUAUAAAAUCAGUCUGAAGUCUAUUUUAAGUAAUCAAGUUUUCAUGAAAUUACAAUAA